UUAAAGACAUCCACAGCUGCACAGACCUUCCUCUGGAUGGGCUGGUAUUUGAUUUGAUCAUGGAAUGUAUUUCACAAAGAGGAAUCAUACAGUGACACCGAGUGCAAUUGAUAGGGAACUUUCAAUAUCCUGUCCUGGACUCAGCCCUUACUGAUAACACCUCAUCCAAUUUGCCUACUUCCUGCACAUGUACAAAAUCCAGAGGUUUAAGUUAAACUGGACAGUCUACACACGUCACAACACACUGAGAAAGGGGGAACUUCCAGUGUCUGUGGUAAUAUCACUUGAUAAACAGACUUCUUUGAACAGCCAGAGCCCAUUCCUCUCACUAUAUAAAGCAGCAGAGACAGCGCUUGGCAGACACUCGCUGUGUGAGAACUAAGCGAGCAGCAAUCAUCUCCACCCAGAAGAGGUAAUAUGCCAGGGAUGUUCUUCUCUGCUCACCCAAAAGAACUGAAGGGAACUGGUCACUCACUUCUAGAAGACAAAGCACCAAAAAGGAGGCCUAAGGUUUUUGGAAUGGACAUGAAAGCUUAUCUGAAAUCUAUGCUCCCACAUCUGGAAUCUGGAAUGAAGCGUUCCAAGUCCAAAGACAUACUGUCUGCUGAUGAAGUAAUACAGUGGUCUCAAUCUCUAGAAAAACUUCUUGCCAAUCAAACUGGUCAAGAUGUCUUUGGAAAUUUCCUAAAGUCUGAGUUCAGUGAGGAGAAUAUUGAAUUCUGGUUGGCUUGUGAAGACUAUAAAAAAACAGAGUCUGAUCUUUUGCAUUGCAAAGCAGAGAAGAUAUAUAAAGCAUUUGUACAUUCAGAUGCUGCUAAACAAAUCAAUAUUGACUUUCGCACUCGAGAAGCUACUGCAAAGAAGGUCAAGACACCAACUGUCACCUGUUUUGAUGAAGCCCAAAAGAUCAUCUAUACUCUCAUGGAAAAGGACUCUUACCCCAGGUUCCUCAAAUCAGACAUGUACUCAAAUCUUCUGAAUGACCUUCAGGCUAACAGCCUAAAGUGACAGGUCCAUGGAUGGUGGGAAUUAAAGACCGCAUGAAGUACAAGAGGAAUGUGCCAGUUGGCUCCCUGGAUGAACAAUGGCCUUUUUGGGUGACUGGAUGGACCCCGGGGUAAAACAAAUGAUUCAAAAGGAUUAACAUGGAUGUGAUUCAGGCACAGAACUGAAGAAGCAUAAGCAAGAUGAAAAUUAAUUAAGAGACAGUAGAUGCAAGGAGAUACUGUGGGACUGUGGGGAACAAAACUGUGGGCCUAGAAAAUCCCUCAGAAAUGAGAAAUCCAGUUUACACAGAAACUGUGAACAAGGACUGAUUAAACAUGCUGUGAGCUUUAAGAUGAACUGGCACGCGGGUCAUUACAUAUAGAUCUACUGAGCUGCUAAAAUCUAUCUAAAAAGUAUGUGUUUCAAAAACACCAUUGUUAUUUUUGUUACUAGUAUUGUUUUGCUUUUUGAUUGUUUUUCACUUGAAGGGGAUAAACAAGAGAAGGUAUUUAACUUAAGCUACUGCUCUUCAAACUGAGACUUAAUAUACUUGUAAGUUAAAUUAUUACAGGGUUAAUAAUAAA